AUGGGUCCUUGGCCUCUUUUCCUCAAGCGAAUUGUCAUUACGAGAGGCGUCAUCAAAGUUCCGCAAGAGGAAGUCCUGAACGUCCUGAAGGACCCACCGACCGUUAUAACUCUCAACCCUCUUGUCGCCUAUUAUGAAGUCAAGCCAGAAGAUCCAAGUACAUACGUCAUCACAGAUACGAUCAAAAUGCCGUUCUUCACGACGAAGACGACGUAUACGGCGAGAGUGGAGUUUGGGGAGAACAGGACGACGUUCCAUGUAAAAGCUAGUGGCGGGAUGACGUCGACGAAUCACUGGACGUCGAAGAGACGCGAUGAACAACCGGAUACGACUGAGGUUGUUGAAGAGAGUCAUGUCGAGGCUCCGUUCUUCCUAAUGCCGUUCAUUGUUGGAAAUAUCAGAAAAUCACAUCGUGAACUUAUGGACCGGCUGACUGUAAAGCUUGAGAGCAAGCAAAAACGUUCGGGGGAACAUACUUAGGACUAUACUGACGUCUGUCAUGACCGUUCUUUAAUUUAUUUUCUUUGUUGUUGUCGUGCUUUUUACACAUGGUUGUUUGCUCCGUACUGCUGUGCUGAUCCAAUAUGUUCCUCCGGACCUGCUUACCGCGAACUCAUGGUUUGACAGCAUCUAGCCAAAGCCCGCGUAAAC